GGGCGGCCAGGACGCCGUCGGCAGUGCCUGCAUGGCCGGCCGCGGGGUGCGUUCCUGGACGAGCACGGCUGCAGAGCGUGGCAGAGCGCGCCGGUGCGUGCGGGAGUGCAGCGUGGGCGUGUGUGUGUCUUGGCAGCGCCCCUCGCGGCCGUAACAACGCCGUACUUUAUCGGCGGGCUUCGCGUGGAGCCUGGCGGCCGGGGCGUCGCGGCGCGGGCGUGAGCGGCGUGCCUACACAGGCGUGCUCACAGGCGUGCCCCGCCCCGCGCAGUGCGGGCGCGCGCGGAGGGCGCCCAUGUCCAGGGGCACGAGCCGGCCCGGGUCGGGGAGUAGCCGCUUACACCGUCGGCCACCUCCGCGAGCGACAUGAUGACCCUGGCCCUCCAGCAUCAGCAGCAACAGUGUCGCGAGCAGAGGAGCUGCCGCUUCAGCCCCCCCGGCUCCAGCGGCCCUGCCCCCGGCGCCCCCGGCACUGGCGCCGGCGCCGCUGGAGCCCACGGCAACAGGUUCGCGCCCACCCCUCCGCUUGCUCCGCUGCACGGCCACCUCAGCGCCAUCAGCGACAUGAGCAGCAGCAGCAGCUGCAGCAGCAGCAGUAGCAGCGGCGGGGGCUGCUCCAGGAGGCCCGUGGACGACAUCCCCCGGACACGGAGAAGAACCAGCGACAGGUGCAAGGGCGUCGACGACAUGGACGAGGAUGACGACGUGGACGAGGACGAGGACAGCGGAUCCUCCGAGUCGGAGAGCGAGCAGCACGUGCCCCACAUCCUGGCGCCGCUCAGCCCGGGCUCCCUG